AUGUCUCUCAACCUUGAAAAACAGCUUUUGUUCUAUGGCUCGUAUCACCACACUACUGCCAACAAAGCCAUCCACAUAGUCUGUGUGCCGAUGAUCUUGAUGACGUCUUUUUUACUCGGCACCAAUACACCCUCGCUGGUGCCUAUGCCAAGAUGGCUUGUUAUACCGAACCUUCCUCCAAAUCUGGGGACUAUUGCUACCUUGAUAUACGCAAUACUCUAUAUUCUGAUGGAGCCUGUGGCUGGAGGCCUUUUAGCACCUCUUUUGCUAGCGGGAACUGCCUACUCAGACUACCUGACCACUACCUACGGUGCGACAGCAAACUAUUGGGCGGUGGGCAUCUUUGUCUCAAGUUGGGUCACUCAAUUUCUCGGUCAUGGCGUAUUCGAAGGAAGGGCACCCGCAUUACUAGAUAACCUGGUUCAGGCUUUGUUCUUAGCGCCGUUCUUCGUCUGGAUGGAGGUCUUGUUUUCUAUUGGUUAUCGGCCCGAGUUGAAAUCACGGGUGGACAGCGCAGUCGAAAAGGAGGUGGAAAGAUACCGGAAGUCACAGGGGCAAAGCAAUGGCUCUGCAACGAAUGGCAAAGCAAAGUAG